AUGAAGCUGACACCCGAGCUCCUCGCCCAGGCCCCGUCCUCCCUCAACACGCUCAAGCAGCGGGAGCUUGACCUGAGGGGUUACAAAAUACCUGCGAUUGAAAACCUCGGUGUUACGCGGGACCAACAUGACUGUAUCGACUUGACGGACAACUCCAUUACCGCACUCGCCAACCUUCCCCUCCUCCGCAGGUUGAACGCGCUUCUACUCGCGAAUAACCAUAUAGCAUCAAUCUCGCCUUCAAUCCAUCUAUCUGUACCCCAUCUUCACACCCUUGUACUCACCAAUAAUGCCAUUGGCGAACUCGGUGAUUUAGAGCCGCUACGGUCUCUACCAAGUCUGCGCCACUUGAGUUUAAUGGGCAAUCCUGUGAGGGAGAAGAAGUGGUACCGCGAGUGGAUCGCGUGGCGGCUGCCUCACCUCCGCGUGCUGGACUUCCAAAGAAUACGCGACAAGGAGCGUAAAGCAGGCGACUCCCUCUUCAAAACAUCCGACGACCGCCUCAACGCGCUCGGCACACAACUCUCAACGACCGUCUCCUCCGCAUCAAAAUCUGCACUUUCAGCCGCAAAUGCCGACGAGCCUCGCGCUGCAGCAGGUCCAGGGAAGGCCGGGCGCCUCAUGUCAAAGGACGAAGCGGACCGCGUACGCGCUGCUAUCGCCGCCGCGACGUCUAUUGAGGAGAUUCGGAGAUUGGAGAGGCAGUUGAAAGACGGCUUCGUGCCGGGUGGCGAGCGCACGUUGCGCAGACCGGUGAAUCCCUUCGUGCGCGUUGGCUUGCGAGGCACGCUAGCUGUCAAACCGAUUGAUUACAACAAUCGAGGUCCAUGGUGA